AUGAGCAUCUAUCAACAGUGGCCCGAGGGUGCUCUUCCAGCUUUUGGACGCACCAGUUCCUCAUACAUGCUGUUUCCAUCCUUCUUUCGAAUGACGGACCCCGCGUCCAAGGCUGGGACUUUGAAAAACGCAACGAGCGCGUUGAGUGCCGAGAAGGCGCGCUGGCCACUCGCAUUCAAGAUACAACCGCAAGCACCGCAAGGAUCAUCUGCAUUUGGCGUCCCUUGGACGAAUCGCAAGCCCACCAAGACAUGGUGGAGCCACGUUCUCUAUCGAGGACCAAACAACGAGCGGGUCAAGAUUCUUUACAGCAAAACCAAGGCAGACUCGGAAGUACUGGCUCGACAAUUUCUCGGAGAAGAAGUGGUUGGCUUCGAUAUGGAAUGGCCUUGGGACGACUGGAAGAGAGCGAACAAGCUGCAGAACAAGAUUGGGUUGAUUCAAGUUGCGACCGAAGACAAAGUCGCUCUCUUUCACAUCGGUCUGCACACCGGCGAAACCACCGACGACAUCCUCGCUCCAUCGUUGCGCAAGCUCAUUGAGAGCGCGAGCAUUGGGAAGAUCGGUGUCGGCAUCCUGAAUGCAGACUUUGCCCGAUUGAGCAAGUACUUCAAGGUGCAUCCAAAAGCCGCAAUCGAGCUCAGUCAUCUACACCGUCUCGUCACGUUUGGAGGACGCAAGCCAGAGCUUGUGUCGACGAAGAUGACGAGCCUUGCCAAUCAAGUCGAACAGCAUCUCGGACACCCGCUCUAUAAGGGCAAUGUCAGGACCUCGGACUGGAGCCAACCAUUGUCACGGGAGCAGAUCAAAUAUGCCGCCGGAGAUGCGUACGCGGGGAUCAUGCUGUACCAUUGCCUAAACUACAAGCGACUACAGAUGAAGCCUACGCCGCCUCUGCCCAUCCACGCGGAGAAGUACCUGGGCUUGAAGGUUGGUGGGAUUGGCUCGCUGCAUCUGGAGCCCGUGGAAGAAGGCGGCAAGAUGAUGAGCUCGGCAUUCUUUUUUGGUGUUGCCACUGCGCCAGAAGACGUGUCAAAAUCGAGGGAGGCUGCGAAGAGCUCAGGAAGUGGAGGGAAAGUGCCUGCAGCCCGCAGCGAGGUGAUCAAGACUAGAACACCUUCUCUAGAUCCUACUUCACAGGCUCUUUACGAAGAGUUGUGCCUCCGGCGCACAGCGUUUGCUGUGGAGAGCCAGGUGUCGGAAUACCGCGUUGCAACGAAUCUAGUCCUCACGCAGCUUGCACAAGAGCGUCCGCUGAACAGCGAGGCGCUGUUGAAGAUCAAGGGUAUCGGGGCCGUGCAAGAGAAGCGCUAUGGCCGCGGCUGGAUCGCGGUCAUCUCCUCGUUCAUGGACAAAGAGGGAAUUCGUAAGUCUGAACGUGCCGCCGACGUAUCCACCGAGACAGUCUCGAAAGAGGCGGUCGGCGUAGCGCUUCCUUGUACACGUAGUCGCCACUCGAGACAGCGAGCGCGCGAGACAGCCGACUCGUCGCCUGCUUUCGGUACACCUCCACGAGCACGCACACGGCAGUUGCACACGGGGCUGUCCCUCGCGCUGGCAGAAACAGGGAUAUCAGCGAGUGCUUCGACGACCGAGGCAUCAGACGACAGCCUGCCAUGCUUGGAUUUCGGCGACCAUCCAUGGCGGAGAAGCCCAGGCGCGAAGCGAAAACGGAGGGAAAGCCCAAGCCAAGCAGACACGCCCCCCCACCAGCGGCACGAACAAGGCGUCGCUCCAAGCGCCUCGCUGAGAACGAAGACGACCGCAGCCAGCUCAUGGAAACCCGACUCUCCACCGCAGCGACCCCUCACGCCGCGCUCCAUGGUCUUCCGCAACAAGCUCAUCGCGCUCAGCCGGCAGGUGGCGCGCAGACAGCAGCUCGAUGCCUCGACGCUCGUGUCGGGCAAGACGCUGGAGCUGCUCGCUCGGCGGCCGCCGCAGACGCACGAGGAGCUUCGACGGGUGCCGGGUGUUGAGGGGUUUUUCCGUGCGUGUGUGGAGACGAAUGUGGAUUUGCUGGAGAGGAUGGGGAGGUUUUGGCCGGGGCGUGUUGGGUAG